GUAGAUCUAGCGAGUCGUCUGACGCUAGUCAUUGCUUUUAGAACUCCAAAUUCCAAAACACCGAAACCCAAUAUUUACCUUUCUCUAAUUUUUUCAAAUACUCUCAAACAACUCUCUCCUUCGUCCUUCCGCCGCCGCUGAGUCUCUGACAUGGAGAAUCUGAUCUCGCUAGUCAACAAAAUCCAAAGAGCUUGCACGGCUCUCGGUGACCACGGCGAAGCCAACGCAUUAUCGUCUCUCUGGGACACGCUCCCCUCCAUCGCCGUCGUCGGUGGCCAGAGUUCAGGGAAGUCUUCUGUCUUGGAGAGCUUUGUGGGGAAGGACUUCUUACCCCGUGGUUCUGGAAUUGUUACUCGUCGUCCUCUUGUGUUGCAGCUUCAUAAGAUUGACGAACGUAGCAGUGAAUAUGCGGAGUUUCUCCACCUUCCGGGGAAAAGGUUCAUAUAUUUUGCUGCCGUAAGAAAGGAAAUUGCAGAUGAGACAGAUCGUGAAACUGGUCGCAGCAAAAUGAUCUCCAGCGUUCCAAUUCAUCUUAGCAUAUAUUCUCCUAAUGUUGCCAACUUGACACUUGUUGAUCUUCCUGGGCUUACAAGAGUUGCUAUUGCGGGUCAGCCAGAUAGUAUUGUGCAGGACAUUGAAAAUAUGGUUCGCUCCUAUAUUGAGAAGCCCAACUGUAUAAUUUUAGCAAUUUCACCUGCUAAUCAAGAUCUUGCUACAUCUGAUGCAAUUAAAAUCUCUCGUGAAGUGGAUCCAACAGGGGAGAGGACAAUCGGAGUCUUGACAAAAAUUGAUCUUAUGGACAAGGGUACUGAUGCAGUUGAAAUAUUGGAAGGAAAGUCUUAUCGCCUAAAAUUUCCUUGGGUUGGGGUGGUGAAUCGCUCUCAAGCAGAUAUUAACAAGAAUGUUGACAUGAUUGCUGCUCGGCGUAGAGAACGUGAAUAUUUUUCAUUUACCCCCGAAUACAAGCACCUUGCUCACAGAAUGGGUUCUGAGUAUCUAGCGAAAAUGCUUUCUAAGCAUUUGGAAACUGUAAUUAAGACAAAAAUCCCAGGCAUCCGGUCCCUUAUUAACGAGACCAUUAUUGAACUUGAAACUGAACUGAGUCAUCUUGGAAAGCCCAUUGCUACUGAUGAUAUAGGGAAACAUUAUGCAAUCAUGGAUAUUUGUCGUCUAUUUUAUGAAAUAUAUAAAGAACAUCUUGAUGGCGUGCGUCCUGGUCCUCCUGGAGGUGAUGAGAUUUGCGAUGUUUUUUAUGAGAAACUUCCUGCUCAGCUGGGAAACUUGCAAUUUGAUAAGUCACUUUCAGUAGAAUAUAUAAGAAAGGUCAUUACCCAAGCUGAUGGGUAUCAACCUCAUCUAAUAGCUCCCGAACAAGGAUACCGUCGUCUCAUAGAAUCCUCGGUAAUUAGGAUAAAAGGUCCUGCUGAGGCUGCAGUCAAUGCGGUUCAUGACCUUCUGAAGGAUCUUGUUCACAAGACUGUAAGUGAGACUCCGGAGCUAAGGCAGUAUCCUGGUCUUAAAGCAGAGGUAACAAAUGCAGCUUGCGCGUCACUUGAGAGAAUGAGAGCAAAAAGCAAGAAAGCAACACUACAGUUAGUUGAUAUGGAGUGUAUUUACCCGACAGUUGAUUUCUUUCGUCAACUUCGUCAAGAUGUUGACAAGGGUGGCAACCCAUCACAUCCACUGUCUGAUAGAUAUAAUGACUCUUAUCUCAGUCGAAUUGGGUCAAAUGUUCUCGGCUAUGUCAAUAUGGUUUGUGAAAGUUUACGCAAGUCUAUUCCCAAAUCUGUUGUUUAUUGCCAAGUCAGAGUGGCAAAACGAGGCUUACUGGACCGUUUCUUCACCAAUUUGCGUAACAUGGAGACGAAGCAGUUGUCAUCUUUGCUGAAUGAGGAUCCGGCAGUUGUGGAGAGGCGUACUGCCCUUGCGAAAAGGCUGGAGUUAUACAGGAGUGCUCAGGCAGAGAUUGAUGCAGUUGCUUGGUCUGAGUAGACUAGGAAUGACAACCCGCGCGAUGCCGCGGGGAAGCAUUUCUGCAUUAUGUUCGCUACAUUUCAUAUGUUUUUUAAGUGUUUGAUUCGCAAAGACAACUAAGAUGUGAUUAAAUGACAACGGAAAGUUGUUGUGAAUGGUAUAACUGCAUUUAGGUUGUAUAACAUUUAUCAAGUAUUCAAGUUAUUGACUUAUUUCUUUCCAAGUGAAUUAACAACUAACAGUAAUCAAUUAAUGAAGCUCUUAUUUUCAAACAGAUCCUUCACAUGUUCGGUUAACAUUUCGUAAAACCCCAAGGGUCAUUUGUGUAUUGACCUGAAAUGUCGUCACCUUCAUGCUUUGUAGAGUGGCAAUUGCGUCCUACCAGCUAUGAAGUAUGCAAGAGUUGAAGAACACUUUAGCUUAUACAUCAAGUUUCCCUUCUCAACUUCUUCAAUUGUCCAAGAACUCUUCACCGCUGCUAGCAGCUACAUUGUUGUGGGCACUGAAGGUGAUUGUGAUUCUACAGUAGAAUUUUGUGCCGUGUGAUGUGCAC